CAUCUCAUCAUCACAAACCAACGCACCUACCUCCACCUUCCCCAGAGAUCACUCAUCUCAAUCGCUUUGGGAGUAUUCCACCCUUAUCGCAACGACUCCCACCUACAGAACCCCCUUUACAAUGCCCGAACGUGUACAAGUCCCUGAGUGGUGCGUCGAAGUUGGCCCCGAAUGUCCCGUAGAGGGUACACUGUACGGCUACUACCCCAGUAUCGGUGCCAAUGGUUUCUUUGCGGCCUUCUUUGGUCUCUGCCUAGUCAUCCAACUGGGGCUGGGUAUCCGAUACAAGACAUGGACGUACAUGAUCGCUCUCAGUCUAGGCUGCUUAGGCGAGCUCACUGGAUACAUCGGUCGCAUCCUCUUGUACAACAACCCUUUCGACGAAACCGGCUUCCAAAUGCAGAUCUGCUGCUUGAUCAUUUCUCCCGCCUUCGUUUCCGCUGGAAUAUACCUUACGCUCAAGCACAUUGUCAUCAACUUCGGAGAGUCGUGGUCACGCUUGCCGCCGGUGUGGUAUACGCGCAUCUUCAUCACCGGUGACAUCUUCUCGCUUGUCCUCCAGGGUGCCGGCGGUGGUAUUGCUGCUACAGCAGAUAGUGGCUCGGAUCUGCAAGACCUCGGAACAAACCUGAUGGUGGCAGGUGUCGUCCUCCAAGUCGUCGUUCUAUCCGUCUUUGGCGCCCUACUCGUCGAGUACACUAUCCGCACCUACCGCCGCCGCGAACAACUCCCCGCCAGAUCAAUGACGCUCUUCAACAAGACGUCGUUCCGCUGCUUCAUCUUCGCCAUCGUCAUUGGCUUCUUGGGUAUCUUCAUCCGAUGCAUCUACCGUAUCCCGGAACUCACCGAUGGUUGGGGCAGCGAGCUCAUGCGCGACGAGACGGACUUUAUCAUACUGGAAGGUGUCAUGAUUGUCAUGAGUGUGUUGGUACUUACCGUAUUCCAUCCUGGUUACUGCUUCCCAGCGCUCGGUGGCACAAUCGGCAAGAAUAGGGUGAGUCGCGGCAAGAGUAUGGACACUACGUCGUCAGAUGUCGAGAUGGUAUCGGGUCGGGUUUAAAUACCACGGGUGUUUGGGUUCCGGAUUUUGCCUACCACAGGCCGUUGGCAUAGCGCUUCCCUUUGUCAGUUCAUGAUGUUAGACACGGAAAUAUACAGUGGAGGA